AUGUAUUUGUUUCUCUCUAAAGUAAUCUAUUGUCCAUUUUUUUCUAGCCCACAGAAUCUGAUUGCACAGUCCCAGUCUGGCACUGGUAAAACAGCAGCCUUUGUGCUGGCAAUGUUGAGUCGUGUAAAUCCUGAAAUGCAAUAUCCACAGACUCAUGCUUCAGUUGAAAGGGGGCACAAAAUAACAGAACAAAUUGUGAUUGGAACUCCAGGAACUGUUCUUGACUGGUGUACCAAGCUGAAAUUCAUUGACCCCAAGAAAAUGAAAGUGUUUGUUUUAGAUGAGGCUGACGUUAUGAUUGCAACUCAAGGACAUUCUGACCAGAGUACUCGUAUUCAGAGAUCGCUGCCUCGUGACUGCCAGAUGCUGUUCUUUUCAGCAACAUUUGAAGAUUCUGUGUGGAAAUUUGCAAAAAGAAUAGCCCCUGAUGCAAAUAUCAUCAAACUGAAGAGGGAGGAGGAAACUUUGGACAAUAUUAAGCAGUUCUUUGUGAAAUGUAAGAAUAAAGAAGAAAAGUACGAGGCACUUAGCAACAUCUAUGGAACAAUCACCGUAGCGCAGGCAAUGAUCUUUUGUCAUACUCGCAGAACUGCUUCUUGGUUGACAGCUGAGCUGUCACGUGAUGGACACCAGGUGGCAUUGCUGAGUGGUGAAAUGGCAGUGGAACAACGAGCUGCUGUAAUAGAACGUUUCCGAGAAGGCAAAGAAAAAGUGCUUGUGACAACUAAUGUUUGUGCCAGAGGUAUCGAUGUGGAGCAGGUCUCUGUUGUUAUCAACUUUGAUCUUCCAGUGGAUAAGGAUGGAAAUCCAGAUUGUGAAACUUACCUUCACCGAAUUGGGCGCACAGGACGAUUUGGGAAACAAGGACUAGCAAUAAACAUGGUAGACAGUACACACAGUAUGAGCAUUCUUAAAAAGAUCGAAGAACACUUCAACAAGAAAAUUUUGCAACUGGACACUAAUAAUAUUGAUGAGAUUGAGAAGAUCACAGAAUGAAGUACACCAAAUAAAAUAGUAAAUAUUUUACUGUUGAUGGAUCUCCCAGUUUGUUAAAACUGAAUAGGAUUCAAACCUGCUAUAUUCUGUCAGUCUCAAAAUGGGCUAUGGACCAUAAAAUUACCUCGUUUUAAAACAUGCUGGUGGACUGUUGGAACUGAAUUUUUAGAUGAACCUUUAAAGAGGUGGCAGAGUUUACAAAAUAUUUUAAUUGUCAGUUUCGCCUUAACUAUUUUAAAUUUAUUAAAAUGGCUCAGAUUGCCAAAUAGGAUGUUAACUCUGAGCAGAAAAUGGAGUUCUGCAUCAUUCAUUGUUACUGUUUAGUAUGGGAUUAUGUUCUUUAGGGAAUACCAGUGUUUAACAUGCACCCCAGUAUCUUAAGAUGUUAAGCCUGAAACCUGAAAUCACUCGAGUCAUAGAUUUGUACUUUUUUCACCUAGGCCAUUUUUGUGCUACCGUUGCAGUGGACAUCCAUUUUCUUUUUUCACUUGACUUUUUUUUUUUCUCCCUUUUCUUGCUGCAGCAAUUUUCAGUAGCGUCUGAUCUAGCUCUUUCAUUCAAGUAGUCCUUCCAAAAGGCACUAAAGCAUUUCUGCUUAAAGCUUCAAGCUUAGUUUUUUGGUUUUACUGGGUGGUAGCUGCUAUUUUACUGCUCAACUAAAUCACCUAUAUUUAAUAAGAGUCUUGUUUUUGAGCAUUUAUGACUGUUUUAGUUAAACAUUGGGUUACAUAUCAAGUAUUUUUGUAUACAUUUUUCAUUUUUUAAUGCUUAUGCUGUUUUUCAGUGAGCUAUUAGUGAUAUCACAGUAAUUUCUAGAGAAGCUAAAGUUUGAAGCAUUUUUCUACAAGGUACAGAAUGUAUGGAGUUGUAUGUAUGGGCUGGUGUUAAUGAAGGUGAUAUAUCAUAGUGUAAUAUUUAUUAUUAUUCAUUAAGAGAUUCACAAGUCUUCACACGGACAUUGCUUUUUACCAUCUCCAAAGUACCUGAUAGGCAGAGGCAAUGAAAGCAGUAUGGAGCGUUUCAGAAACCAGAAUUAAACGGGUGUUAAUCACCAGUGAAAUUAAAAACAGAAAGCUGAAAUGCUAGUCAGCUGUUGAAGGGACUGGUGAUUUUAAGGGUGAAACAGGAAUCAGUGUGAGUUGCUUCCUGUGAAGGCUUUAGCUGUUUGAUCAAACUGAAGAAAUGUCAUCAUUUUCAAAGAAGUGAUGAUAUGCAUAGGAAUAUAUGCUUUUUUCAAGAGGAUAUUCUGUAUUUCAGAAAUAAUUUAGGUUUGCUCACCAUUAAGGAUUAUGUUAAAUCUGUUGUACUUUGCUGGGUUACAGUAUAUUUUUGAAUUGUUGAGUCUUAAAAAAAUUCUGCAUUGGCAUUGACCAGCAUUUUGAUGUUUUGUCACUAUGCAGCACAGUGUACUGUUAGCUGCACACAUUGUAUACACAAACUAUUCUACCAUUACCUGCCCAAGGUACUGCAUUCACAGUGUUUUAACCCUGAAAGAACUGAUGAUGGGAAUAAGCCAUAUAUUGUGAGGUUUUCUAAGUAUUGCCUCCAAAACAUUUAGAGCUUAAACGCAAUUUAGUUCUGUCCCAACUAAAAUCUUCACAGUAACAAAUUUGAGUAAUGAACUGUUUGAUAGAAUGGAAUUCCACAUUCAAGAACAUACAUCUCAUUUAAUUUUUGAAGUAGAAGUCAGAGGGGGAUUUCUUUUGAUGGAAAAAGAGAAAUUCAGAAUUUGGAAUGUGUGUAGCAUUUGGUGUAGAUGUACUUAUGAAGUAUAGUAAUAUAAGGUUUCCAGACUGUGCAAGUGAAAACACUUAAGCAGGCAAACUGCAUUGCAUAGGUUGUUGAAAUGAAUUAUAUUUAUAUGUAGUUAGCCUAGCUGAACAAAAAUCUGCAUAUUGAGUUAUAUCCCAGUUAAGAUAUUUUGCAGCCUUUCAGGAUGCAGUAACAGUAGACUACUGUUGCAUAUUUUCUUUCCCCAGUCAUAUACAACUUUAUUCAACACAGAAUUUAAACAUUAUGUAUAUAAACAAUGUGCAUACCUCAUGCAUGGUGCACUUAUUAUCCCAGUAGUAAGACUGAUUUCUUUCAGAUGUGUUAAUUGAGAAGGGCUUAAUUUACAUUUGAUCUGACUUAGAAACAAGGUUCACAUCUGUCAUCCAAACCUUUUAAAUUAUUUACAGACCACAAUAACAACAGGAGCCCAUAUAAGUUGGAGAGAGAAUUAUUAUUUCAGCUGUUCUUUGAGGACUGAAUCUUUUAACUAUUAAAUGUUACUAUUUCUCCUCCCGAUCUCUUCACAGUGUAGAAUCCCACCUGUUCUGCAGUUGCACAUUUUCAAACUUUUCCUAGUGCUUCACUGUAAUGCUGUACUGAUGGAAGCUGAAGACUUCAGAGACACAGUGAUGUUAACUAGUGAUCAGUGCAGGUAAUUCCUGUAGUAAACAGUAACGAAAAUGGAUAAUUCUGUAUUUAAGGUUACUGGAAGAUGAAAUAUUGCUUUUCUAAUUAUUUAGGAUGUUUCAGCACUCAAAGUACAAUACUUUCUCAAAAGUUUUUAGACUUCUGAUCUGUCUAGGUCUGGAUAGUGAGUUGCAUGGGCAUGCAUUUUCAUUUUUUUUUCUUUUUAAUGGUAACUUUGCUUUCAGAAUAAAUUUAUAUUUGCAUCAGUCCCUUUUGGGUUUACUUAUGCUUUGGUCAUUGCAAGUUCUGCAUUUUCUGAAUGCUUUUUCAGCUUACAUUGUUUCAUAUGCACGCAUGACUUUUAUGCUACUGACCUGAAGAAAAAAAUGUAAUGCUGAGGAAAUUGCCUUUUACCAGUACAUCCAAGGCCUGCUAGUGCUUAUUUUUUAUUUCAUUUUGUUACUGCUCAUUGAGAGAAGGUUAUCUGUGAUUGUAGCCCAUCCCUCAGGCUGUCUUCCUGCCUGUAGAGGUGAUAAUUAGAAGAACAUUUCUAUCACCAGUACUCUAAGUAUGUGUACUUCUCAUUUGUGUAUCCAAUUUGGGAAUCUAUAAGUGCAACUCCAUACUCUGUGGAUGGCGAAAAUGUAGUAGUUGCAUUCUUCUUAGCUAAACAUCUAAAAGUAAACACCUCCAGGAUGUACUUAAAUCUUCCCUACUGAGAUGGGUUUUCAGUUUUGGUAGUUUCUCAGCAUAACCUUCAGUGUUCUGACGUUGUGCCAUAUCUCUAACUAGCACCUUUGAAAUUCAUUAUUUAUAUUAGGCCACUACAUAGAGUUUUUAGUUGCUGUGUCACAAAGAAAACAGUUAACCAUAUGGUUUUGAUUUUGUAAGCAAUUAUUAGUGGCUUUUUUUCUUGAUCAUAGUGUAUGAAGCGACAGUUAUGGUUCUUGCAUUAAAACUACUUGAAGCACAGCACUUGGAGAUCGUAUGUGCUGAAUGUUCAGUAAUUAGUGUUAGAAUAUCUACAUUAGUUGCUGACAUAACUGACUGAUUACAUACUGGUGGUAGGCUUCAGUGUGUUAUAACUGUUCAUUUGGACAGAAUUAGGUUUUUUUAGCUAAUUUUUCAUUUUGCUCAAAAAAUGUUAGAAACAUUCCCGAACUAGAUUGUUCCAAACUGAGCGAUUCUUAGUGAUUUAUUUCAAGCCAGUGUAUGGAAUUGGGAGGUCUGUUCAGUGCUGCUGGGCUAUACCUAUAAGGGUAGAAAGGGGUUAUACCAGUGCAGGCAUUUCUGGAGCCGAAAUACCAUAAUUUAUAGUGUGUGUAUGUGUAUAUAUAUAUAUAUAUAUAUAUAUAUAUAUAUAUAUAUAUAUAUAUAUAUGCUGUCUGAAACACCGCAACACUGUGUUUUGCUUAUCAUGAGAGUGAAAAUAGAAUGACUUGUUUUUAAUAAAUAUUGUGUGUGUAGAGGGUAAACCGAAUCCUAAAAUUCUGAAAAGGUUUCACUAACAAUGUUGUUCGGAGUCUGUCGUGCAAGAGGAAACUACCUUUUUACCAAGUAAAAAAAGGAAAAGUGAGGCCAAAUUGAAGUAUACCUUUUAUUUUAACAAUGUUGCACCUGUAACAGUCUGUUAAAAAGUGCUUUAUCCAACCUGGGUUAGAUAGCUGUAUCGAGUGUUGUUUCUUUCACUGUAGAGUUACCUUCACUAUUUGCAAUACCAUAUAAAAUGUAUUGAGUUGAAUGCAGUGCAAUACAUUGUUUAAGAAUACCUAUUUUUAAUUAAAGCAGUUAAUUUUGUAAGUGGUUGUCCAGUUCAUGCAUCUGAAAUGGCCAUCAGCACUGUUACUGGUUCUGUGUAAUUAUCUAUAAUGUACUUUCACAAAAAAUAAAGAAUAACACAUACA